AAACAGCGAUGGAAGUUACAUGGACGAUGAUAAUUCCCAUACUGUUUACAUGGUGACAACUGCUACUCAAACUAUACUGCCUUGUUCGACCAGGAAAAUCAAACCAGUGAAACAUCCUGGUCUUGUUCUUAAAACACCAAUAGCAUAUCAAAGCAAUACUGAUCCUUCAGUGAUACCUAUUCAAAAGGAUGGAAUUGCCGUUUGUGAAAAAUGUGGUGCCAUCGGCGUGAAACACGCUUUCUAUACAAGGGAACGUCGUUUCUGUAGCAUGGCAUGCGCCCGUGGCUACAGCGGUCUCAUUCCCGAACCUCUACCUCAAACGAACCAAACCACCCCUGACACCAAACACUACGCCGAACAUCGCUUUAAAAUGGAACUCGAAGAGGACUUGACUGGUUUUGUGGCAGACCAGCAACUACCACAACUACCUCCCCCUCCUGCAGCACCUCCUAUUGAUGAUAACGUUUUACUUAGUCGCCGCAAACCUUCCGAACUGGUCAACUCGUACGAUUGGGAGCCCCAUUUAGAUGACGUCAAUUUUUUCGCUGCUCCAGUUACAUGUUUCAAACACGCUCCUAUUUCUGACAUUUGGAGUAAUAUUUUGGUUGGAAUGAAAGUCGAAGUGGAGAACACAGACUGCGACAACGUAUCUGAAGCAUUCCCUGAUUCGUUUUGGGUUGCUACAGUUAUGAAAAUCAUAGGUUAUAAAGCCCUGUUACGAUACGAGGGCUUCGGUAUGAACGAAUCUAAAGAUUUUUGGGUAUCAUUGUGUUCUAACCAAGUGCACCCAGUCGGGUGGUGCGCUACGCGUGGGAAACCCCUCAUACCACCCAAAACAAUCGAGAACAAGUACAGUGACUGGAAAGAGUUCCUCUGCAAAAGACUAACAGGUGCUCGCACGUUGCCUUCAAACUUUAGCAAUAAAAUCAAUGACAGCAUGAAAUCACGUUUUCACCGCGGCCUGAAUCUCGAAGUGGUCGACAAAAAUCGCAUAUCGCAGGUUAAAGUUGCCAUGGUUCACAAGAUAAUCGGAAAACGUCUAAAUGUGAAAUAUUACGAUUUACCACCAGAAGAUGCUGGUUUUUGGUGUCACGAAGACUCGCCCUUAUUGCAUCCUGUAGGUUGGGCUAAAAAAGUGGGUCAUCAUCUUGUCGCGCCCGUCGACUAUUUAGAAAGGGUUAACGAGGGCAUCUUUGACGAAGACGAUGCCACCGAAGACCUGUUUAAUCCUGUGCAAAUUGGGUCUAGAGACAGCUCAUUAACUGCCGGAUUUUGUAUUGGAAUGAAGCUGGAAGCAAUCGAUCCUUUAAAUUUGUCUUCUAUUUGCGUGGCCACGGUCAUGGAUGUAUUACGGUGCGGCUACAUUAUGAUCAGAAUUGACACCUACGAAUCUGAUGCGACCGGUGCCGAUUGGUUCUGUUACCAUGUGUCUUCGCCGUGUAUAUUUCCUAUAGGUUUCUGUCAACGUCACAGCAUUCCCUUGACGCCGCCAAAAGGCUACGACUCUGCAACGUUCAACUGGAAACGUUAUCUGUUGGACACGAGUAAUGUACCAGUGAAUCCAUGCAUGUUUGCUCCGCUCAAAACCAAUCACGGUUUCGUCGAAGGCAUGAAGAUGGAAGCUGCCGAUCUUAUGGAUCCUCGUCUCGUCUGUGUCGCUACCGUGGCCAAAGUAGCUGGUCGACUCCUGAAGGUUCACUUUGAUGGUUGGGAGGACGAGUAUGACCAAUGGCUCGACUGUGAAAGCUCGGACAUUUAUCCGGUUGGCUGGUGCCAUAGUGUCGGCCAUAAGCUCGAGGGACCCAAAGUGGUUCCAAAGCAACCAAAUGCUGUUAUUAGGUCACCAAAAGGCUUGAAAAAACGAGGCAGAAAAAAGAAAGGUAAAGACAGUCCUCCAAAAAAUCAACAGACAAAUAAACUGACCAAGUCUGAGCCUCCUCCUGCUGCUACAAUGAAAAACGAAGUCCUCGAAGAAGAAAUAGAUGAUGAUAACAUCCAAGAGCCGGAAACUGGACAGGAACCUUCCGGACCAGAUCAAAGCAUGCCUGUGCCUUCAGAACUGCAACCGCCACCAGAACGCAAGGCUACGUCUUACAUUAAUACCACUGGCAGUACCAGUCCAAAGGUAAUUCCUCGGUUAAUAGACAGUUCUGGGACCCCAAAUGAAACCAAUGGCCUUUGUCCCGAAGAAUGGAAUGUUUUCGAUGUAGCCCCAAAUUGGUUACAAAAAAACUAA